CCAAUGUUGUUACCACUGUUUGUCUGUCUUAUUAUUCUCCCUGUGCUGUUCUUGUUCUUCAUCCAUAAUCUAAGAACCUUCAAGAACACAACCAGCCCUCCAGGUCCUAAACGCCUUCCAAUCAUAGGAAACUUGCAUCAGUUAGAUAACUCCAUUCUUUAUCUGCAGUUAUGGCAACUCUCAAAGAAAUAUGGACCUAUAUUUUCCCUUCAAUUAGGGUUCAGACAAGCUAUUGUAGUCUCCUCCCCUAAACUAGCAAAAGAGGUACUAAAAAUCCAUGACCUUCAGCUCAGUUCAAGACCUAAACUACAUGGCCAGCAGAAACUCUCCUACAAUGAGUCAGAGAUUGCAUUCUCCUCAAACACUGAAAAUUGGAGAGAAAUCAGAAAAAUUUGUGUUGUUCAUCUCUUUAGCUCCAAGCGUGUCUCUACCUUUUCGUACAUAAGAAAGUUUGAGGUGAAGCAAAUGAUCAAAAAAAUAUCUGGGCAUGCAUCUUCUUCGGGUGUUACAAACUUGAGUGAACUGUUACUUUCUUUCUCAAGUACUGUGGUUUGUAGAAUUGCUUUUGGGAGAAGGUACGAGGAUGAAGGAAGUGAAAAGAGUAGGUUCCAUGUGUUGCUGAAUGAGCUUCAAGCCAUGAUGGGUACCUUCUUUGUUUCCGAUUAUAUUCCAUUGAUGGGUUGGGUUGAUAAACUCAGUGGAUUGAACGCACGUCUUGAACGAAACUUCAAUGAGUUCGAUAGGUUCUACCAAGAUGUGAUUGAUGAACACAUGGAUCCAAAUAGAGAAUAUGCGGAAGAACAGGCUAUGGUUGAUUUGUUGCUUCAACUGAAGAAUGAUCGUUCGCUUCCAAUUGAUAUCACUUUUGAUCACAUCAAAGGGGUUCUCAUGAACAUACUUGCAGCAGGGACAGAUACCACAGCAGCCACAUUAGUUUGGAUUAUGACUGCCCUUGUAAAAAACCCAAGAGUAAUGAAGAAACUUCAAGAGGAAAUCAGAAACGUGGGAGGUAAAAAAGAUUUCUUGGAUGAAGAUGACACUCAGAAACUUUCUUACUUGAAGGCUACGAUAAAAGAGACACUUAGAUUGCACCCACCAGGCCCACUACUUGUACCAAGAGAAUCAACAGAAGAGUGCAUUAUUAAUGGCUACCGAAUUCCAGCUAAAACAAUUGUGUUUGUGAAUGUUUGGGCUAUUCAAAGAGAUCCUGAAGCUUGGAAAAAUCCUCAAGAGUUUUGUCCUGAAAGAUUCUUAGACAGAGCUAUAGAUUUUCAUGGACAAGAUUUCGAACUGAUUCCGUUUGGAUCAGGUCGUAGAAUUUGCCCUGGUAUAGCUAUGUCUGUUGUGACAUUAGAACUUGUCGUUGCUAAUCUUCUUCAUUCCUUUGAUUGGGAAUUGCCUCAAGGGAUGGUAAGGAAAGACAUUGAUCUUGAAGUGUUGCCAGGAAUUACCCAACACAAGAAGAAUCAUCUUUGUCUUUGUGCCAAGACUAUGUUCAAUAUAUAA